AUGCUUCCUCCUAUGUACCUCAAGGACUUCACGGUUUGGUCUUUGUCCCUAAAUGGAACUGAAGUUUCUGUACCCCCUUAUCUUGCAGCGUAUUUGGUACAAGACGUGACCGUUGGUAACGUGUUGAUUAAUGUUGAAGUUACAGGACGAUUGAGAGCGAAAUCGGGGUUUCUUUCACGUCGAUUCCGGUUGAAAGUAAAUUGUCCCGAGUAUAUUAUGUUUGGGAAUGAUACUGAUGUCAUUGGUUCGGCCACUAAGCGUCCCUUUGUUGAAUGGUGUCAUGUUGGAGUUACGCCGUUAAAAUCGGUCAUGCAAAUUUUAACUUCAGCAUUUGAUAACUUGGUGGGUAUUUAG